AUGUUUACACUUGUAGAAUACAAUAGAUUGAAACAUUUCAAUACGACCGUCGACUUUGAUCUCAGAUCGAACUAUGUUCAAAUCAUCAAUGAAAAGAGCUCGCCUACAGAGUUCACUCGCCAUGGCCUGAAUCCUGCUACCUUGGAAGCUUUACCGGAGGUUCCAAUUGCAACACCAGAGGAUCUUGAUAAAGCUACUGAAGCUGGAGAAGCUGCUUUCAAGCUCUGGUCUGCCACACCAUAUGAAGAGCGGUAG